CUUCAACACACUAAAUUGAACAUAUUGUCUUUCAGAUUACAAAUAUGUCUACAAUAGAAUACAAAAUACAACGCCAUCUUUGUAUUUUAGUUUUCACUCAAGUGUAUAUAUAUAAUUCUGAAAACUCUGGUUAAGCAAUUUCAAAGAGCGGCAACAUGUUAAAUAUUACAAAAAUAAGAAGACCUUUAAUCAUGGCUAUAUUCCCACUUAGAGAUUUAUUGAGAAAAUAUGAUGUACCUAAAAAUCCAAUUGUUAAUCAAAUAGAAGAUACUCCUAUGGGAAGGAUAAAAAAAAUAUUUAUUUCUACUGAAUAUGAACCUAUCAGCAAAGAACUGCAAAGUUUAAUUAACUUCACCAGUACUGCAGCUUUGGUUGGCAUAGUGGUGGGUGGAGUAAUAUAUACACAAGGAGCUUUACAAAAAUUUAUAGAUAAUAACGAAGCAACACGUUUUUAUAGCCAAAUCGAUGCACAGCGAGCAUUACAAACUAAUAUUACACUACAGUUCGCCAAGGGUGCUUAUAUGUUUAGCUGGAGAUUAACUCUUUUUUGUGGCAUUUAUGAAUUUAUUCGAAUGAUAUUGACAGCAUAUUAUGGGAAAUCUUCAAUUCUACAUUAUAUGAUUGGAGCUGGCAUUGCUGGAUUUUUAUUUAAAUUAUCAUUUGGUUUAAAAGGUUCAUUAAUUGGUCUAGUUACUGGUACUGUUCUUGGAGGUAUUGGUGGUUCUAUUAUUUUGUUGUUCAUUAAACUAACAGGGACGACACUAGAAGAUUUUCAGCAUAUACAAAGUUACUGGUCUUAUAAAAGAAAUGAAGCAUAUAAACAAAUAAUUGGCAAAUAUUUAGAAGAGGAAUCUGAAGAAACAAAGUUAUUACACAAACAAAAUAAAGAUAUGCAAAUAGAAUUAUCUAGGAUGGAAAAAGAAACCAACAACUAGAUAAACAGAAAUUAUGUGUGGAUAUGUAUAGAAUAUAUUAUGUAAAUAUAAUGUAACAAUAUUUUUAAAUUGUCAUACAAUCAUCAUUUAAAAUUUAAAUAUAUUAUUGCAGUAUAUACAAAAUAUUCAACCCUUUAAUCUAUAGAGCAAUAAUGAGUUGAAUAAAUCGUAACUGAUCAUUAUAAA